UAGAAUGCGCGCCAAGACGGUUCUUUUUUUUUGUUUUGUUUUUUACGAGAGAAAAUUCAUCAGCGUCGGGGGAAGGGGGGAGUUGAAUUCUUCCGCAGGAAUCCGAUGUCGCCGCGCACAGCGGCGUAAAUUGGACGCUGCGUUUAAAGAAAGUAACGAAUUAGGAGCACAGAAAGGCCCGGUGUUAAAAUAAAUGGCAAUUCCAACACUCGGACGACGAUCGAACGGAGGUGGGAAAGAAGAAAAAGUGGAAGUCGGAAACUCACUGGUUUCAUAUCUCGGCGAAAUAGAGUGGAAGUUGAAAAAUUUCUUUGUCGUGGAAACCAACACACCUACGGAGACCAACAAACCUCCGAGUCCAUCAUUUCUCCGCGUCUGGGGCGGUGAAAAAUGCAUAGACAUCAAAACGUUGAACACCGGAGAAUGUAAAGAGGUUCUUUAUCUUUCCUGAAAAAUUUUGGCGCUCGGAUUAAGGAGGCGGUUCUCGCGAUUCAAUCCGAGCGAAGAGAGAAGGCGAAAUUAAAUCCCUCGUAACUGUGACAAUGACGAUCCGGGCGACGGAGAGGAAGACCGAGAGAUAACGCGACGGUCGGAAAGCGCCAAGGAAAUAACAGAGGUUGAGCAACGAGAUGCCGAUUGAUUGUUAUUACUUUCCGCCGAGUCCACCGUGCCGUACCGUCAUGUUGCUCGCGAAGGCUCUGGGCGUUCAUUUUAACUUCAAGAUAUUGAAUGUCAUGAAAGGGGAGCACAUGAGCCCGGAAUUUUUGCAGAUAAAUCCGCAACAUAUUAUACCAACCAUUGACGACAACGGAUUUAUUCUGUGCGAGAGUCGUCCGAUUAUGGCAUACUUAGUCAGCAGAUACGCCAGAAACGAUUCCCUUUAUCCGAGAGAUCCAAAACAGCGAGCAUUGGUCGAUCAAAUGAUGUACUUCGAUGCUGGCAGUCUUUUCCCGAGAAUUAUAAAGUGUUACAUGCCCGUGAUUCGAGGUAUGUCUCAUUCCGUUGACGAGGCAGAUGUGGAACGAGUAGAGAAAUCGUUCGAAGUACUCAACUCUUUCCUGGAGGGAAAAGAAUUCUCGGCGGGCGACGAUUUGACCAUUGCCGAUUUCACUAUCAGUACGUCCAUCUGCCUGGUGCAGUGUUUCGACUUCGACAUUGGCCGUUACGAUAACGUCGCUUCCUAUUACGAUCGUUGCAAGGAAAGCCUGGAGAAAUUUGGCUUCGAGGAAGUGCACGCCUUCGGUGUUAAAGCGUUUACCGAGAUGUACCACGCAAACCUCCAAGAAUCCAGUUAACGCGGAUACGACUAUGGAUAUUUGUAUGCGUCUAAAGAGUGGAGUAGAAGGAGAGAGAGAGAGAGAGAGAGAGAGAUCGAUAGUACCUCGUUUACUUGAGAUCGAGAUUAGACAUGGAAACCCAUCGUUACCUUAUAGAAUUUAAAAUUCGCUUUUUACCUUCGCGAGAUUUUAAAUCGAGUUCUCACGGCUUUAUUAUAGUAAAUCUAAUAAUAGUGUAUCUUAGAAGAAAAUUUUUAUUAUUACAUAUAUGUGAUCUCUGCUCAUCUGCUUUUUUUUUGUAUUUGCUUCCGUUAAUGAAUGACGCGUGAAAUCAAUAAUAUUAACUGACACGCUACGUACACUGACAAAACACGUACUAAAUACACUGACAAAAGAUUACAGUUGGUUUAGGCGCCAAAUAUAUUUUAUGGUGGUAGCAACAUGCAUUGUAAGGUUAUUAUCAUUGAUAUUAUAGUAACACGUUAGAAAAAUGGUUCUCCUGAUUAUUUUUGUGGUUACGUUUGGUAAAGAGUAUGUUUGACGCCGAAACUAAUUAUAAUUUUCUAUCAAUAAUUAUAUG